AUGCCAAGCAGAUGGCCAAAGUUCAUUACUACCAGUACUACUGAUGCUGCUCUAAUGUAUGAUGCUGUGCACGUGGUGUCUGUGGCCGUCCAACAGUUUCCCCAGAUGACAGUCAGCUCCUUGCAGUGUAAUCGACAUAAACCCUGGCGCUUUGGGACCCGCUUUAUGAGUCUAAUUAAAGAGGCACACUGGGAAGGACUCACAGGCAGAAUAACUUUCAACAAAACCAAUGGCUUACGAACAGAUUUUGAUUUGGAUGUGAUCAGUCUCAAGGAAGAAGGUCUGGAAAAGAUUGGAACUUGGGAUCCAGCCAGUGGCCUGAAUAUGACAGAAAGUCAAAAGGGAAAACCAGCAAACAUCACAGAUUCCUUAUCCAAUCGCUCUUUGAUUGUUACCACCAUUUUGAAAGCUGACCUUGCAGUUGCUCCACUGGCUAUUACCUAUGUUCGAGAGAAGGUCAUCGACUUUUCCAAGCCCUUUAUGACACUUGGAAUAAGUAUUUUGUACCGCAAGCCCAAUGGUUCUGAGCUCAUGCCCAAAGCGCUCUCCACCAGGAUAGUGGGAGGCAUUUGGUGGUUUUUCACACUUAUCAUCAUUUCUUCGUACACUGCUAACUUAGCCGCCUUUCUGACAGUGGAACGCAUGGAAUCUCCUAUUGACUCUGCUGAUGAUUUAGCUAAACAAACCAAGAUAGAGUAUGGAGCGGUAGAGGAUGGCGCAACCAUGACUUUUUUCAAGAAAUCAAAAAUAUCCACGUAUGACAAAAUGUGGGCCUUUAUGAGUAGCAGGAGGCAGUCAGUGCUGGUCAAAAGUAAUGAAGAAGGAAUUCAGCGAGUUCUCACCUCUGAUUAUGCUUUCCUAAUGGAGUCAACCACCAUCGAGUUUGUUACCCAGCGGAACUGUAACCUGACACAGAUCGGCGGCCUUAUAGACUCCAAAGGUUACGGCGUUGGCACUCCCAUGGGUUCUCCGUAUCGAGACAAAAUCACCAUAGCAAUUCUUCAGCUGCAAGAGGAAGGCAAGCUGCAUAUGAUGAAGGAGAAGUGGUGGAGGGGCAAUGGUUGCCCAGAGGAGGAGAGCAAAGAGGCCAGUGCCCUAGGGGUUCAGAAUAUCGGUGGCAUCUUCAUUGUUCUGGCAGCCGGCUUAGUGCUCUCAGUUUUUGUGGCAGUGGGAGAGUUUUUAUACAAAUCCAAAAAAAACGCUCAAUUGGAAAAGAGGUCCUUCUGUAGUGCCAUGGUAGAAGAACUGAGGAUGUCCCUGAAGUGCCAGCGUCGAUUAAAACAUAAGCCACAGGCCCCCGUUAUUGUGAAAACAGAAGAAGUUAUCAACAUGCACACAUUUAACGACAGAAGGUUGCCAGGUAAAGAAACCAUGGCAUAAAGCUGGGAGGCCAAACACCCAAGCACAAACUGUCGUCUUUUUUCCAAACAAUUUAGCGAGAAUGUUUCCUGUGGAAAUAUGCAACCUGUGCAAAAUAAAAUGAGUUACCUCAUGCCGCUGUGUCUAUGAACUAGAGACUCUUGUGAUCUAAGCAGUUUCAAUGAUCAGACUUGAUUUACAAGCAUCAUGGAUCAACUAAAUUACACGGGGUUACACUGUUUAUCAUGGGUUCCUCCCUUCUUCUGAGAGAAUGUUACAUGCGCAUUUUGUGGCUGGUUUCAAAUGCAGUCCAGUGAGAAAUUACAGGUUCCUUUUGAAGCCCAACUGUUGCCAGGAGAUGGAAUAUCAAUGCUCAACAGGGUAACCAGUAAAAAAGUCAUUAAGAAUAAAAAUACUUGGAAUCAGCAAAAACUGUAGUGUUACAAGAAACAGUACAGUCUUCUGAACACCCAGAUAAUAGAGGUGAUGAUGUUACUAGCCCCCAACUACUCAGUAUAAU